AUGCGUCUUUCUCUUAUUGCUUCCCUUCUUAUGGCUUCAACUGCUGUCAUGGCAAUGCCCUAUAAUAAACGUGAUGAAUCUGCUGGUACAACUUUAGCCUCUGUCAAGAGAUCUUCCACAGCUUCCAUAAGCAAGAAAUCUACAUCCACCACUGCUGCCACCUCUGUUCAACCUGUUGGUGCCCCUACAGGGGCUAACGUGCAAGGUGGUGUGUACGUCUCUUGUAACAAGCCUGGUGUAUUUGCAUUGACCUUUGAUGAUGGACCUUAUGAAUACUCUUGGGAUUUGGCUAAAUCUUUGAAAGCGCAAGGUAUUGCUGCUACCUUCUUCAUUAACGGCAAGAACUGGGUCGAUGUGUUGACAGACUCUGUUACCACAUCGGAUGGUAAGAAGACCUAUUUGGAGGUGGUCAAGCAUUACAAGGAUAUGGGUCAUGAAAUUGCCUCUCAUACUUAUGAGCACAAGGAACUUGCUGGGCUUAGCGAUGCCGAGAUCGAGUAUCAAAUGAACACACAAUCCGAUGUCAUCUAUAAGGCCAUUGGAAUGAGACCUGCCAUUAUGCGUCCUCCUGCUGGUUCAUACGACGACAAUGCCUUAAAGGUGCUGAGAACGCUCGGCUACAGCGUUGUUACCUGGGAUAUUGAUACUAGAGAUUGGGCCACUCACAAUUUGAAUGACGAAGAGAAUGCAUACAAGACCAUGGACAAGGAUACAUCAUCAACGCUCGGACACAUUACAUUGGAGCAUGAAGUCUAUGAUCAAACAGUGAACGACCUCGUUCCCUGGGCCAUCAAAUACGUUAAAUCAAAGAACUACAAAUUUGUUACCAUGUCUGAAUGCUUGGGCGUUACUGAUUAUUAUCAGUAG